GGGCUUCGGUUCCGGCGACAUGGCUAAACGCACCAAGAAGGUUGGGAUCGUCGGGAAAUACGGGACUCGCUAUGGGGCCUCCCUCCGGAAAAUGGUGAAGAAAAUUGAAAUUAGCCAGCACGCUAAGUAUACUUGCUCCUUCUGCGGCAAGACGAAGAUGAAGAGACGAGCUGUUGGUAUCUGGCACUGUGGUUCCUGCAUGAAAACGGUGGCUGGUGGGGCCUGGACCUACAACACCACCUCUGCAGUCACAGUGAAGUCUGCCAUCAGAAGAUUGAAGGAACUGAAAGACCAGUAGAAGCCCUACCGCCUGAGACUCGCCUGCCCUGCAAUAAACGGGUUAAUUUACAGAAAAAAAAAAAAA